AUGGGUUUGAUGGGUGGACUGUUCAGGGGUGAAAGAGACAGUGCGAUCGAGGGCACCCUCAGCAAAUCUGCAGAUGACACCAAGCUGAGCGCUGCAGUUGUUACACCAGAAGGAUGGCAAGUCAUCCCGGGGGACCCGGAGAGGCUGGAGAAGUGGGACUAUGUGAACCUCAUUCACUCGUGUUUGUUGACUGUCUGGACAAUCUUGGUGCCGUUCCAGGCGAGUCGUCGAAGGAGAACAGCCAGCUGUGUAGAGGAUGAGGAGGCGGGUCACCUGAUGUGUCAGAGAGGAGACGUGCUCAAUGCAAGAUACGAGGUUGUUGCUGUGUUGGGUGAAGGUGUUUACGGAAGAGUAGUGGAAUGCAUGGAUCACGAAGCUGGAGGCAGACAUGUUGCAGUGAAAAUAGCAAAGGAUUUGGAUUGGUCCUCCGACGCGGCUCGUGAGGAAAUACAAGUGCUGGAAGAUUUAAAAGCAUCAGACCCCAGCAAUGCCUAUCACUGCGUUCAGAUGUUGGGAUGGUUUGAGUACCAUGGACACGUCUGCAUUGUUUUUGAGCUCCUGGGGCUCAGCACCUUUGACUUUAUGAGCGACAACGACUUCUUGCCAUUUAGCCUGGAUGACAUCAGACACAUGGCUUAUCAGAUCUGCACCUCUGUCAACUUUUUGCACAUGAAGAAGUUGACACAUACAGAUCUGAAGACAGACAAUAUUGUCUAUGUGAACUCUGACUAUGUAGAAGAGUACAACCCCAAACUGAGACGUAAGGAACGCAGGCUGAGAAAACCAGAUAUCAAAGUUGUGGAUUUUGGGUGCGCCACUUAUGAUCACGAAUAUCAUGAGCCUUCAGUGACCGCCAGACCUUACAGAGCUCCCGAGGUGGUCCUAGAGCUCGGAUGGUCCCAUCCAUGCGAUGUGUGGAGCAUAGGAUGUACUCUCCUGGAAUACUACCGUGGAGACUUAGUAUUUGAGCCCGAUGACGACAUAGAGCACCUGGCAAUGAUGGAGCGAUUACUGGGCCCUUUGCCGGAUCACAUGAUAAAGAGAGUUGUGUCUUCAAGGAAGAAGAAGUAUUUCCGUAAAGGCCGUCUGGCCUGGGAUGAACGCAGUGCAUCUGGGCAAUAUGUCUCAGGGUGCUGUAAACCCCUGAAGGAAUACAUGACGUGCCACGAUUCUGACCACGAGAACCUUUUUGAUCUGAUUGGGAAGAUGCUGGAGUAUGACCCAGCCACGCGCAUUACUCUGGAAGAAGCACUGGAACAUCCUUUCUUCCUCCCAUUGAAGCAGGAGAAAAGGGCAUGUCCUCCUACAUCUAAGGCAGGCAAACGUCUCUGUCUGCCUGAUAAGUGUAAACUAUGUUAAGUGCUUAUUUUUUGUUUGUGUAUCUU